GGAGGGAGGCUGAGCUGCCUUAGCAGAGCUACCUGCCACACACUCCUGGAUUAUUCCCCCCUGCAGCCAGAAGAGACAGCAUGGCAAGCACUGCGGUGCCUUUCUCCUUCCCCCUGGCCCACUUUCUCCUCUUUGUCUUCAUGGCCUCCACCAUCUUCCACCUCAAGCAGCGACUUGUGAAAAUUCAGUUCCCUUUGGAGGAGAUGCUUCCGACGACUGGAGCAUCAGCAGCAGUCUCAGAGAGGCAAGUGGACAGCCAGCCACAGGGUAUGUUCACCAUCAAUGCCAUCGGCCGCCUGGGGAACCAGAUGGGAGAGUAUGCCACACUGUUUGCCCUGGCCAGGAUGAAUGGGCAGCCAGCCUUCAUCCCCGCAUCCAUGCACAGCACACUGGCACCCAUCUUCAGGAUCAGCCUCCCUGUGCUACACAGCUCCACGGCUAGCAGGAUCCCAUGGAAGAACUACCACCUCAAUGACUGGAUGGAGGAGCGCUACAGCCACAUUCCAGGGCGCUAUGUGCGUCUCACAGGGUACCCAUGCUCCUGGACCUUCUACCACCACCUGCGCCCCGAGAUCCUACGUGAGUUCAGCCUACAUGACCACGUGCGGGAGGAGGCCCAGGCCUUCCUGAGAGGUCUGCGGAUAAACGGGAGCAAGCCGGUCACUUUUGUGGGUGUCCAUGUACGCAGGGGGGACUAUGUACAUGUCAUGCCCAAUGUGUGGAAAGGCGUGGUGGCCGAUCGGGGCUACCUGGAGAAGGCUCUGGACUGGUUCCGGGCACGCUACUCCUCACCAGUUUUUGUGGUCACUAGCAACGGUAUGGCCUGGUGCCGGGAAAAUAUCAAUGCCUCCCAAGGGGACGUGGUGUUUGCAGGCAAUGGUGCUGAAGGCUCACCAGCCAAGGACUUUGCACUGCUCACACAGUGCAACCACACCAUCAUGACUAUAGGGACCUUUGGGAUCUGGGCUGCCUACUUGGCAGGUGGAGACACCAUCUACCUGGCCAACUACACCCUUCCAAACUCUCCCUUCCUCAAAAUCUUUAAGCCAGAGGCAGCCUUCCUGCCUGAGUGGGUGGGCAUUCCUGCAGAUCUGUCCCCACUCCUCAAACACUAAGGACAGCCUGUCCCUGACUGCUCAUCAUUGUCACAUGCACACUGACAGCUUUCCCUUUUGUACAAGUGUGCCUUGGGCUGUACACAAGAUUAGUCCCAAUUUACAUGUUCAAAGAACAUAUUCACAGGGCUGGAGAGAUGGCUCAGCAGUUAAGGCGCUUAAGGAUCUGGCUUCAAUUCCCCAGUAACCAAGUACAGCCAGAACACAGGGUGGCACGUGCAUCUGGAGUUUGUUUGC